GUAAAACACACACAUAUACACGUAUACAAAAUAAAAUAUGUAUGCAUAUAUAUAAUGAUAUAUAUUUCUAUAUCGUACAUUGAUUGAUAAUGUUCAAUAUGCUGUUCGUAUGAAACAAAUCAAUUUUGCGAUGAACGGUUUACUGAUGCCUGUCAUCGAGCGUAAUGAUUUUCGAAUAUGAAAAAUUCACGCAUCAUCGAUACAAUAUAGGCAUCAUUUGUAACAAUCCAUAACGUAUUGUACUACAAUGGAUUUAAUCAAUAGUGCCUAAUAUAUGUUUUAUUGUUAUAGAAUACGAAAUGAAUUUAACAUUGCAUCGAAUAGGAAAUUAAUGUAUGGUGUAGAUUCAGGCUGGCGGGAUUUAAUAAGAGAGAAGCAAUUUAAUUAACAACGAGAAACUCAAUCGUAAAUAUAGAGCUAAAAACUAUAUUAAUUUUUGCUCAUUUUAUACUGCUUUAAUAAUUUAUACAAUGUUUCUAAUUAAUAUAUCAAAUUACGAUUGAAAAAAAGUAAAACUAUAUUACGCAAUUGUUAUCUUGAAUUAUAUAAUGUGUUAAAUAUUUAACUUAUCAAUUGUGAUAAUCUCAACAUCGCAUUGCGUGUAAAUAGGAGAUCUCACACCUUAGUCUUACUUAGUAUGGAAUCUCAAAGUGCAAAGUGUAGAAUUCCUCUCGGCAAUAAUAGUCAUGCAUACUAAAACGAGGUGAACGUUUAAGGAGGAGACGUUAGUCGAGUGUGGAGAAGCCAAUAGAAAAGAGAGAAGUUCUAAUCUUCCGUCUGAUAAAGUGGAAACAAUCUCUUCGCCGAAUUCAGUUCCUGAUUUUCCAAAACCGGGAGAUUGCUGGGGUUCGACAACAUCUACACUUGCAGGGUUUCGCAGAAGCCUGUAACAAAUACUGGAAAUGACAGUCUGCUCGUAACGGCGAUGCAAUAGAGACGCGAGACGAUUUCUGCUGGUCGUCGCUGCCUCGAAAGCGUACAUGCUUCAAGAGCCGGUCUCGACCGAUUCGACCCCAGGCGGUAACAAUUGCACGACCACUGACAAUUUCCUCACUCUUCGUCCCCGAAACGAGAUACGAGAGGACGAGAUGGACACGGUGGCGGCGGACGUACUCGCAGACGACACAAGGAACAACUCGAACGUGUCGCAUCCGAGAACGUUGACCUCACCCAAAGACUGGGACGAGAAACCGAAGCUGAAGUUCCCGAAAUUCGCUACGGAAGAGCGUUACAGGAUGGCGAGUUUGCAUCUCGAUAAGGGAUGGUUCGCCUUCGAUUUUCUCAGGAGCUUCCUGUCCUUCGUGCAACCUUAUAACAUAUCGACCGAUUUACUUGUGGAUGCCGUAGAAAAUCGCAUAAGCACUACUGAAUUGAUAUCGGAGUCCAUGCACGUGGAAGCAGCUUUCCUGAGCUUAGUAGGCGUGUGCUGCGUACUGGCCUGCAUAAUACCUGGCACGGAACUUUGGCUCGCCUGUCGUCCAAUCAGAGAGGAUUACAAACCCACUCGGCAUCCCGGCAUUCUCGCAUUUCUCCUCGGCGUUCUCGCCUUUAUACUAGGAUCCUGCAUGCCGACAAUGAUAAUAUGCAACGAGGCGGUGGCAACCGGGAUCGGGAAGCUGCCCGUGACAGUGGAGACAGCACUACAGGAUUUAAAGGACUACCACGCGGACACCACGUCGCAGCUACGGAAAUGCCUCACGAGAAGCUUAGACGUGGCCAGCGAAGCGAUUCUCGUGGAUCUCGACAAUGUCGAGGAACUGCUGGGCAAACCGGUGCAGACCGAACUCGCAGCCGAGACUGGACUUGACGUGGCGUUGGAUGCACUCAUUGAUCUGGCGAACGCGACGCAGGAGUUAUCUAGUAGGGCUGAAUCUUUGCUCAAGGAGGGUGAGAGGGCUCACAAACUCGGAUUGGAAUUGAGUAGGGAAACGGACGAGAUACGGCGCGACUUGGAAGGUGCGGUGAGAGCAUGCUCGGGUCCAGAUCGUUCUCUUUGUGCUGUCAUUGACUCUUCGGGGAUUCGGCUGGAUCUGCGGAUAGAACGGUUGCUGCAAGACGAUCGUCUGUUGCGUCUACGAAAUGCCAGCCGGGAAAAUCUGACGGAAGCAGGACGCCAAGCUCGUGGAGAGUAUCUGCACGUACCGCAUCACAUCAGCCGCACCACGCUGGAUGCUCGUAACCAGAUGCGGCGCGAGAUCAAUGCAGCACGUGCUAGAAUUGUCGAUCAAACGCGCAGCGUGGAGACGAACAAUUUUGAGCUCUCAAAGCAGCUGGAUUCAGCGAGAAGCAUCACGGAUUACGCUGUACCUCAUGUCAUCGCUUUCGAGCGUAUCAGGUGGAUCGUCGGUAUAGCUACUGCUCUAUGCGUUUUGCCAAUUUUUUCGUUAUUGGUUGGAGCUUUAUCUUGUCGCUGCGGAUCAUCUGAAAAUAAAGUGCGUCCGACUCUUCUAUGUGGUGUGCUUACCAGUUGUUUCAUCUCAAUUGCACUAUGGAUAGUGUUGAUCGUCGCUUUGGGCAUUUCCAGCCAUAUGGAGAUGUUGAUAUGUCGACCGCUUUACGAUCCUAACUACCAUACUAUGGAAACCAUAUUGGAAACCCGAGCUUUCUUAAGAAGAAGGCUCACAGUUCCUCUCAAAGAGCUCUUUGAAAAAUGUCGAAACAACGAGGCAGCUUACCCCGCCUUCGGGCUAGAAAAUGUAAUAAAACUAGAACAUUUGACUGCGCAUUGGACAUGGCCAGGCUUGUCCAGCAUAAUUUCAAAUAUUAAAAUUAACUUGAAGGGUUUGCAAAUACUAACGCCGAAUCUACAGCAACAUCUUCAGGAUCUCUUAUACGCUUGCAGCUUGAAUCUCACGGCGCACAGAACCACGAUUCAAGGAUCAAUUCUGAAUAAGGACCUGAAUACGAUGUCCGUCCAGCUAGAUAAUAUAUUCCGUCAGCUGCAUGAUCGGAAUAUCGCCAGGGAGUUACAAAGCAUUGGAAUAGCAAUGCGGGAUCUGACGCUGCGGCGCGUGAAGCCGCUGAUGAAAUUACAGGACGACUUGGUGUAUCACCUUGCCGUUCUAGAGUUACAGAUACAACCUCUUUUACGUCAAGUCAACCAGUCGAUCUCCCACCUGAGGACUAUACAAUAUUACAUAGAUCAUCAAGGCGAUAAAAUUGCUCAACUAAAAAUAAAGUCGUACGUAGACCGACUGGCGAAUUACCUGGACCAAUGGCGGGCUCAUGUACUCUCCGAAACGGGUACGGGAGUAUUCAGGUGUCGACCUUUGUGGGACGUUCUAGAUGGAUUAAGACACUUACUGUGUGGCCACAUUUUAAGUCCUCUCAAUGGUUUCUGGUUCGCUACGUUCAUAUGUACAGUCGUCAUGAUUGCCAGUACACCAACAGCUCAUGUUUUAUCGCUGGUGUACAAAAAGCUUCAUUUCGCGCAAGAUGUUAUCCUAUUGCCAACGAGAACGGAAAGUAUUGACACAACCGAGUCAUGGCAAACACCGGAAUCGCCGCCACUUCCGCCACAAAACGACUGGUAGCAAAGAAGGAUAAAGGACAAAAACUACGUAUCACAAGCAGACUUAGAGAGAUAUUAUUAUAACAUUAAAAUUUAAUAUGGCAAGAAUAUUGAGGAAGCUUGAACUAUAGAUCGUACAAAACAAUUCUAUUUGUUAUUAUUUAUGAUAAACGAAUUUCUGCAUUACAAGUCAACUGCCGUUCGUACAUUUCGAAUGUAUGAAAUAUAAUCGAUUUUAAAGCUAUCGUUUAGAACUCUUCAUACGUCAUAACAUUUGUUAAGGAAGUAAACUCUCUGAACGUA